CCAGAAACAAUAUUGUUUCACAAGGUAACAUGUACUUGAUUUUGGUUCAUAAGGCUGAUUUUUUAUUCGUUGCAUCUGAUAGAAACCCAAUUUCCGGGUUUUAUCAUAAUUACCAUAAUUACUAUUAUUAUGGUAUCAGAGCCUGGUUGAGCCCAUCUAAGUUCUUCGAUUCGGAGUGGGUUCGUCUCAGCCAACGGUUGCAGCAAUCUCUCGACCGCUACGAACGGGAAGCACGGGAGAGGGAGGCGACCGAGGGCGCGAUGAGGGCGAGGGCAGUGGGUGUCGCCGCUGGCGAGACAUGGCGGCGGCGACCGGCGGGUCUGCCCGACAUCACCGCGAGGGCCGGCGACGCGGCGGAGGCUGGGGAGGCAGCCCUAGGCGCCGCGGGGGCAGGAGCGGCGACAGCUGCCGUGGACGUGGUGGAGUCGGCCGAUGAGGAAGUGACGUCGCGAUGGGCGGCCACUCCAGUUGUGGCGUCGACGGUCGAGACCCCGGCCCUAGUCAUGAGCUUCACGGGUUCGAAAUUGCCAUUCCGCCACCGUUGGGUUUGCGCGGCGCCGAGCGAGCAAACGAAGGUGGAAGGCGUAGCCUGUCUCCCCAGAAACCCUAGGCCGCCUGAUUUGGGCCAAGGGGUACAACAAAAGCCGCUCUUUCAGUUGGGCCGAGCGGAUGGGACUACUUCUUUGGAUGGCUCGAGAAUAAUGGAUCGUUGGGUGGAGAAAAGUGGGAUGAAAUUCGGCCGAGGAAGGGAGGGUGAGAAGAAAUUUGAUGGGCUUGCUCUUGGUCAGGAACGUCAGCAGAGCAGGCCAAGAAUUAAAAAUAAAGGUUUGGCAGCCCAUGGACCAAUACUUGGGCCAUUUAUGAGUUGUCUUACAUGGGCUCCUCUAUGUAGUAUGGAGUCGAACCCAAUUGCUGGGCAAGACCUGUCAAGUGGGCCGCAUCUGCAGGGAGGGAGUGAGUCCAACAUGAGUUAUGUCUUAAAUAAAGUGGGCUUGAAGAAAAAUGGGUUUAAUGAAUUGGUAAGUGGGCUUUCAAGGAGGUAUCAACCCCAUGCCAUUGGAGAAGCAGAAUAGGGAUGACAACAAAACCCGAACCCACAGGUACCCAUCCGACCCAACCCGGUCAACGCGGGUAAAACCCGUGUUGAGGGGUUUUGGGCCGGGUUUGGGUUUAAACCCGCUACACUAUUCACCGGGUUGGGUUUGGGUUUAGGUAAACCCGCCCCGUGGGUACCCGCCCACACACAUAUAAUUACUUUUCCGGUAUAUUUAAUAUUCUAAAUAAUAUAUCUUCCUUAAACAACUAAUAUUCUUUAUGUUUGUGGAGACAUUUUUAAUUUGUUCUUUCUAAUUGUUUAGAAUGAAGUUGAUAUUAUGAA